GAUCCCUAUAGAAAAAGGGAUCAGAGGUCUGUUAUGCGCCGCCGCCUGCCGUCGUCGGAGGCCUCGAAUGAGGAUGGAGCGGUGUUUGAGCAGAGGCGCCCAAAUAAGCAGCUCCUCGAAACAGGAGCAACUCCUCGAAGCAAUCCUUUCCGGGCUACAAUCAGAAACAUGCCCGCUUUCAAAUUCAGUCUCCGAGUUGCCAUCGGUACCCGCCAGUUUUAAGAGGAAGACGAUCAACAGGUCCAUCGACAUCAAGUUUCAGAGUGACCGCCAUCAGCAACUCAGGCGAUCUCGAGAUCUCUUCGCCGGCGACCGUCCAUCAAGGCCCUCAGCAGCUAUAACCGAUGGUCCCCUCUAGCCAAUCUGGUGUUUUACUUAUCCUGCAGAUAUUAUUUUUACCCCUGAAUCAGUUCUUCAUCUAAAUCCUCUUGCAGAUACAAGGUAGGAAUCGUUUAGAAACGAGUGGUCAAAAUUCAUUGCAUCGUGUGUGAGCGGAAAAUAGCAUAAUUGCAGUUUUGCGGUUGGAAAUCAGCAAAAAUUACAUAUUGUUUGGCAGAGGAAGAAGAUCAACUGGACCGGCUCAGUAGUUUGCCUGAUGGCGUGUUGCUCGAUAUUGUAGGGCGACUUGACAUCGCAGAUGCUGCUAGAACCAGAAUCCUCGCCAGACGGUGGAAGGAGAUUCCUACUAUGCUCUCCAAAAUUUUAUUAACAGUUGGUCCCUUUGACGAUGUGCGCAAUAGAGGGUUGACCUCUGAUGAUGUAGCUCGGGCCAAUGCCACCGUGCUUGGAGCGAUCAGGAGCAUGCUGGAAAGCAGGACUACAAGUCUAUGCACCAUUAACCUCCUGUGUCUGCAAUUCUUCUUGGCCGAUGGAACUCUCAGUAUUGGAGAAGGUGUGGGAUCAUCGAUGUGAGAUGAUAGUGGACGGGGAGCAGAGGAGGCGGUAUGGGUUCAGCGAGGACAAGAAGGAUGCGCACGUGCUGUCGACAGCACCGGCAUCCGAUUUCAAGCACCGCAAUUUGUCCGUGCUCAGGGUCUUUGGGUUUCAGUGCGAGGACAAGAUUGUGAACUGCGUCGAAAGUGUCAUGAAAGCGUCGGCAGCCCUGGAGGACGUAUACAUGUAUGAGAAGCCAGUGUGCGAGUACUGUAAGCACACGGCACGGAAGGAUUGGGCAUGGGGAUCAGCUCGCGUGUAA